ACAACAACAACAACAAUUAUAAUAACCAUUAUUUCUAAUUGCUCCUACAACUCCAGACUAUUUGAUUUUAUAACAAAAAAUGUCGUCAUUCAACUAUGGAUAUGCAAUGGGUAACGUCCUGCGAUAUGACUUGACAUGGGUGGGCAACCCAGAUUUGUAGCAUUAACGGUAGCGUUGUAUUUUUAACAUAUUAUAUAUAGGUGAUAUGCCUGGCGAGAGGCGUAUUGUCACUCCGCCAAUGCUGGGAGAAAAGAUCUCGCUUUCACUUGGUCACACCUCCACAUUUGUAUUUUUAGGAACUAAGGCAGAGAUCCUUGAGUGGUUCAGGACAGUAGGCCCUACCAAGACAAUCCAAGCAACAGUGUUCAAUAAUCGUCCACCAUUGGAUCUUGUCUUUGAUCUUUUUCAAGUGACCAAUCCAGACAUGACAUGGACACAAUACUAUCAAUCGUUUUAUCGAUCAGACCCUACAUUGGAACGAUAUCGAUUAGAAAUCCGACCUGAACAACCCAAGAUCGACUCAGAGCUAGAGCCAUUGUAUAGGAUGUAUGCCAAGAGUGGCGUUUGUUUAGGGGAUAUGGCUGAUGCAUUGGAGAAGAAAUGGUCGCAACCACCUGUGAAGUCUUAUCUGGAUAUGGCAAAGGAAAUGUUUAUGGAAAGAGAAGAAGCCACCGAUCAUGCACAGGAAGUCGCUGCGGAGACCAAGAAAAUAGAUGAACAAGAACAUGAUGUUGAAUUAGAAGACGUAGUUGUUAAGGUGCCAACGGAGAACAGCAGCCGCCCAUGAAAAGGCAGAAUAUAAAUUAUAUAAAAUGUUGCGACAACCCAAUAUCCUGGAAACAGGAGCUUGUGUG